CGGGUUCUCCCUCCCGCCUUCUGCUGCUCUCUCGGGACUGGCGCUCGCGGUGCGGAAGAAGUCGCUUAGCGCCUCGGCUUGGGGGAAUUUCUUUCUGCUUAGCCUUGAUGAGAGCAAGGACGACUCCACCGAUAUGGCAAUUCCGCGGAGCUGCUGGCUAGUGGUUGUUCUCGCCAUUGUCGUACCUGACGUGCAGUUGUACUUACAAAUCAGGCCUUCCUGCAGCAGUGAGCAACAUUACGAAUAUUCUGGACGAUGCUGCACCAAAUGUGAACCAGGAAAGUAUAUGGCCAUAAAAUGCACUACCUUUUCAGAGACUGUAUGCAAACCCUGUGGCUCUAAUGAGUAUAUGGACAUCUGGAAUGAAGAGGAAAAAUGCUUUCUUCAUAAAAUAUGUGAUAGAGGAAAAGCUUUAAUAGAAGUGAUUCCAGGAAACAGCACAUUCCAAAGACAAUGUGCCUGUACUGCUGGCUAUCACUGGAACAGAGACUGUGAUUGCUGUCGGCGAAACACAAAGUGCCCCCCUGGUUCUGGAGUGAAAUUUCCCAUACAACAAGAUAAGAAUACGGUGUGUGUACCAUGUCCCACUGGUUAUUUUUCUAAUGUCUCCUCUGCAACUGAUCCAUGCAAAGCCUGGACAAAUUGCACAGCUUUGGGAACAGAAGAAAAGGUUCCUGGGAAUAAUUGGUCUGAUGCAGUUUGUAAGACACAAGGGAAAACACAUUCAGAAGAUGUUUUUCAUUUUCCAGAAAACAAGUUACUUUAUGUGUUGAUUGUUCCAUUCCUUCUCAUUGCCUUGGCUGGCAUAAUUAUCCUUACUAUAUAUUAUCGAAGUAAGGGAAAACUACUGACAACAGAUUUACGAUACUGGGCUCUGGAAAUAUGCCACCAAAUAAAAAGGAAAAAGGAUUCUUCUUGUGAUACAUUUGUAAACACAAAUGUAGCACAUCCUGCUGGCCUUCAGCUUUUGGGAGAGACUUAUUUGCUGGAUCUUGACAAAUACUGCUUUCCAGAUGAUAUACAUUACCCACGUGAGCACCUCCUGAAUGAAAAAGAUGGCCCUGAUAAAAUCCUUUAUGGAUCAAGAGAGGAUUUCCCAGCACUGUUUCUAACUACCAUGUCUGAAGAUGACCACUUUAGACAGAUUCCUAUGGAAGAUGAGUACACGGACAAAGUAUCCCAUGGGCCAUGUUAUUUACCUUUAGUGAGCCAGUCUGAAAGCAAACCUCCAUCACCCUUCACUGAACCCCUAGAAGUCGGGGAGAAUGAUAGCUUGAAUUACCUUUUCACAGGAACAGAAAAUCUGGUGGAAUUAGUAAACUGCUGUUGCUUGGACCCAUCAUGUGGUAUGGACCCUAUUCAUGCUUCAUCACACAAAUACCUGCAGAGUUCUUGUAAUCAGCUCACUUGUAGCAAGAUGAGGGAUGUUGCUAAUGAAGAUAUAGGCACCUCCCUACUAAUGUCUGAAGAAACACAUAGCCUCACUUUCUCAUCUUGUAGACAACCUCCUAACAAACUGGACAAUGCUGCAGGUUCCUUAAAAAAAAGUGGAUCUUCUCUGCUGGACACCUGUGGUUUGGAACCUUCUGUGGACCAAAAUGGGUCAGCAAACAAUAUUGGGGACAGAAGUAAAUCAUCAGAUGAAAAUGGCACAAAGGACCAGAAUACAAAAAGAACAUCUGAGUCAAGCUACAAUGCUUCAGAUCCCCCAGCAGCAUCUGGAAAUGUGACAGGAAAUGGGAACUCUACAUUCAUUUCAAGUGGACAAGUCAUGAAUUUUAAAGGUGAAAUUAUUUUUGUCUAUGUUAGUCAGAACUCCCAAGAGGGGUCAAUGUCUCCUGGAUCCAGUGAUGACAGCCUGGGGAACCCAGUGCAAGAGGAAAACCUAAACCGCUGUGAGACAUUUGCAGGCAAUGCUCACCACUAUAAAGAAAAAUGUGCUGAAAUCAAUACAUAUCAUGGCAUGGAUCCUGGACAACCUCACAGCACUGUGGGAGAAUAUAAGAGGACUUUUGGGCCUAUUGGUCAAGAAGAGAAUUGUGAAGGCCAGAAGAAGCAGCACCUCUCUCAUGAGACCUCACAGCCUAUACAAGAGGAAGGAAAGCCAGGAUAUUCUUAAAGGAGAUGGUGCAUUGAUGCAGACUAAUGCUUGUUAUUGGUAUUCAGUCAAAAGAACACUACCAUUCACUGAACAUGAUCUGGAAAACAGCAUGCAGGUAGCACUAAUUAAGCAAAGAAGCCUUCUCUUGGUUGCUGAGAUGUCAGACUGCUGUGACUGACAGUACAAGUGGUUUCUUUGCUCCACUAUAAAAACAUAGAGGAGACUGUUGAAUACUUUUAUUGCUAUGUGGAAUAUUUUGGUUUUCCAAAAAGAGAGUAAUGCUUCAGAGAUGAGAUGCAUUGUAUCAUUGGUGUUCUUCCAGAUGUCAAGGAUUAUGUUCCUAUGGAAUUGACACAUGCUGCAUAAGACUUUCAUCCACAGGCUUUGUGUUUUUAGAAUGGUAGCUUCUGUUUAUGUACAGCGGUAACAUUAACACAGCUGCCUUACUUUUGCUGUGGAAAAAAACAGAUGACAGUCCAGUGAAACAUAUUUUGUCUGUCCUCAUGUUUCAGAUAGGAUUUCUGCCUUUUUUUUUUUAGUUUAAAAACAUUUCAUAUACAUUGUUUAUCCACAAGCUUAAAAUGUUUCAAAGGACACUGAAAUUACUCUGCAUCUGAGUAAGAGUAGCUUCAUGCCACUCCUGCUGGGCUUGCACCUAAAUUUGCCACUGGAUGAGUAAAAUGGUGAGUUGUGCUUGUAGAACAGUCCCAUCACUCAGUAUUUCAAUUGCUACAAAGCCUGAUUCCAAAUUAAAAUAGUACAACUUACACUUUGUGUGUACCCACAUAAAAAAAAACAAAACUCCAUAUUCUCAUUAAUGGUGUGAAAGAAGACUGACUGCUAAUGAGCACUUUUUCUCAAGACAGGACAGAUAGGCUUGUGUAUUUUAGAUAAGUGUAAAUAAGAUUACAAUGAUCCAGCAAUUAACAUUGUUCCAGUCAUGGUCUGUCAGAGCAACUUCCAGUACAGUAUACGUAGAAAGGAUGACUAGUUCAUUUAAUAUCAUCAAAUGAUAUUAAUCCAUAUCUGAGGUAAGCUGUCUUUAGAUUGUGUUGAGACUGAAAUCAUUUUAUUGUUCUGUAGCACACUAAGGCUCCAAAACCUUGAGGGUCAUCUCUUGACAUUAUUGACAUGCUGUAUACAAUAUAAAUUUUAAAAUAUCUAAAACUACAGUAAUGAUUGUAUGAACCAAGGAAGUGGGUUUCUUAGUGAAUAUUUAUAAUAGUUUUAUUUGCUAAAAUUCUGAUUUUGUAAAAAAAAAUUCACAAAUAAUGUUUUGCCAGCUGUCCCUUUGAUAUUGACAAACUCUAUAUUGUCUUGAUAUUUCCAAAACUUGCUUGUGGCUAGUAAUUACUCCAUCAAGUUUGAUGGAUGGAGUACCAAAGAAUCAAGAGUUCAGCUUCCCCAUUCUCCCCCAUCCCCUACCUUUAUUUGCAACCUUUCACCUUCCUCAUCUACUACAUUAACACCUAUGGAAGUGAUGUGAGAGAAAGAAGUAACAGGAUAGACUCAUUCAAAUAUGGCACAAUGUCAUCCUGCUACUUCUCUAAUUCUGAGUGGAAAGGUUACAUCUUUCCUGGGUAUAUGGAAUGAAAGGAAAUGAAUGAAAUUUUGAAUAAAGGGCACAGAUUCACACAGUUCUACAUGUGUUUGUACAUAAUUUCUUUUUGAUCUUGGAGGAAGCAAAGUUAUAAAAUGCAUUUGAGGGUACUGUCGUUUACUAUGCUACAAGUAUAUUGUGUUGACGUGGGGACAGACCAAAGUAUUCCAUGAUACAUAAUAAUACGAUAAAUAUAAUGGUUCUAAUGCUACACGAAGAAUGUAAGAGGCAUAUACUGUCCCAUGGAAUCCAGCAUGUGAAACUUGUGAAUUGCUUCAUCACGAGAUCAGUGACAUUAGGGAAGAAUUUUCUGCCAAGAUAGGCUGGUUAUGUAACUCUUUCCAGUGCAUGCCAUCAUCUGUCAGAAGCCCAAAUGCUCAGAGAUUGACCAUGCUGCCUUCUGCUGGCCCUUUUUUCCCACUACAGUAUUAUGCACUCCUAAAUUCCUGAUAAAACAGUAUAGCCUGUCUUUCUCUGUCCUGAAGCAUUGAAGUGAACACAUAUAAGCAGUUAGUGCUUUUGUUUUAUGUAACCAAAAUGUAUAAUGCAUCUUCAUAAUUGUCACUAGAGAAACAUUGGAAUGUGCCUUUAUAUUAGGUCAGAUGGGCUACCUAGCUUAGAAAUAUCUAUCCCAAAAAACAGCUGUUCUUCAGGGUCUUCCGAUUACUUGCUCUUUUAGGAUGUGCGUGUGUGUCUGUGUGUACUGUGUUAAUCUUUGAGACGCUAUUCUGAUCCAUCAGAGGGUUUUUUUUAAUGGAUUUUCUUUUCAGUCUUAACAAUCUCUUUCCAUUUGUUGUCUGUUAUUUUCUUAACAGGCUUUGUACACAAAAUUAGUUACAUAUGUGGGUUUUAACAUACAUUUUCCCAACGUCUAUUUUUAGUGAAAUUUCUAGGGCAUGUUUAUUUAAUGUACAUUUCCUCAAUGCAAUUUUAAAGGAAAAUUUCCUCUUUUAUGUAACUUUCCGUAAUAUAUGCUUGUUUUGUUCACAACUUUGCCAAAUAUAUGCUCUUUCAUGGACUCAUCUUUUACAAA